AUGGCCACCACAAACAAAGCCUCCCCUCUCAUCCUCUUCACCGACAUCCCAGCCGACGGCCACAAGGGGCCCCCUCGCAUGGGAGAAGAUCGCCUUGGGUGUCAGGCGCACCGUCUGGGAUCAGCAAUACCUGUUUGUCGACAGCUUGCCUAUAAGGACACAGAAGCUGCACGAGGCGCUGGAGUGGGAAGACAGGCAGUGACGUGGCGUCCCAGUUGUGCAGCCCAAGUCUGGAGUACCCCCGCAGUGACUCGCAACCAAAAGCCACAUUUGAGGGGUUCUGCGUCCGAAGAAGCUGAUGGCUCCGACGAUGGAUGCACCUACCGAACGGGAGGAUAUCAUUGUGGUUGCUGCUCUGGGGUACCGGUAUGCAAAUUUGCCGCGGGAUACCAAGGUUCUUCCAAAUGUGACGUCGAUUACCUCCUGUACGACACCAUUCUGCCUUAUGCGGAUGAAUGUGUGUCCAAUGCAGGCUAUAGUGCAUUCACGCAUGCGGCUGUCAACGGUGUGCCCAUAGUGGUUGUAGGAGAGUCAGAAAACGAGAAGGAAAUUAGCAAGCGCACUGCUUGGCCUGGCUUAGGAGUAGACUUGGAAACGCAAACACCGAGUAUGAAGAACUUACGAGAUGGCAUCGAGGAAAUACUGGAGAAUGAGAGGCACAAGAAACGGGCCAUUGAGUUGAUAGAGGAGAAUAGGUCAAUGGAUUCGUUGGCAAGGAUUGAACCGCCGGUGGUUCAGUUCAUUGAAUAG